AUGUCAGAAUCAACGCAGCCGUGCUCGAACUGUGUGGCGGCAGCUAUCCCGUGCGAAUAUCCGAGAGUGGACGCUCGGAAAAAGCCCGUCUCGCACAAGUACCUGUCCGCGCUUGAGACGCGGGUCGCAUGGUUUGAAUCCUUUGUCAGGAGGCUGCAGUCAGCCUCGGCCGAGGAGCGAGAUAUCUUGCUGCAGGAGAUCUCGCUGGAUGACCAUUUGAACGAACCAGAGGCAGGGCUUUCCGCGUCUCAGGGCGAUGCUACUGUCGCCUCUAUCAACCUUGACAGCGCGAUUUCAUUGGAGAGGGACUCUUCGGGCUCGUUACAAUAUCAUGGCCCUACCAGUAUUUUUGUCACCGAGGAAGUCGAAAAGGAAGGCCGCACUGGACAUCCCUCGAUUGGCCCACUGGGACCGGAGAUCUGGAGCCACAGGCGAUUGGCCGCGGCCAUGGGCAUCGACGACGCCCUCAUCAACACGUCCCUGUCGCUCUUCUUUUUGCACCAGUACCCUCAGUAUAUGUUUGUGUAUCGGGAGGCCUUUCUCGCCGACUAUCUGGGCCACACACACGGAGGCAAAUAUUGGUCCUUCCCCUUGGUUUGUGCCAUAUGUGCCCUGGGAGCUGCCCAUUCCAAGGACCCGAACGUCCGCGAGAGAACCAGCAUUCUCGCCAAAUGUGCCCAAGAGAUAAUUGUGACGCAUGGCCUUGCCAGUCCACAACCCACCAGUGUCCAGGCUCUUUUAUGUCUGGCCUUCCACGAGUUGGGACAAGGAAACUCAACACUAGGAUGGAUGUUGUCGGGCAUGGCGUUUAGAAUGGCCCAAGGCUUAGGCUUCCAUCAAGAUCCUAGCAAAUGGGUCAUUUCCGAUCAGACGAUCACUACAACCUAUGAUAUCGAAAUCCGUCGGCGGAUCUAUUGGGGCUGCUAUGUCGCAGACAACAACUUCCCACCGGACCAUGAAUGGUUUGGACUGAAGGAGAUCGCGGCCAAGACGGCAUCGUCUGAUACUCCUCGGAAACCGCAGUUGACAAAUGCGUUGAAGUACUCUGUCAUGCUCGGCAAGAUCUUCCAGGACAUCAUGGCCGAGGUGUUCGCCCCGAGAAAAUUCGAAGAGGGCGGAAGCGCACUGAUUUAUCGGCUGGGACAGCUCAAUCUCAGCCUGAGUCGCUGGUAUAACGGCAUCGACGAGCCUCUGCAAUGGAGCCAAUGGACCUCUCAGGGGAAAGAACUAGAAAACCAUGUCGUCGUUCUUCAGUGA